GGUUGAGACUUCAAACAGGUUCCUGCCUUGCUUUCUUUCUUGAAUUCUGACUUUCUUCUGCUGCUCCUGGGUUGGGCUCUGAAGAGACUUCUUCCCCAACGUGUUGGAACUGGCCUCCCCGCCCUCAGCGCUCCUGAGACUAGGGAAAGAGCAAGAGGAGCUGUGUUUCAACUUGAAGCCCAGCAGCCCUUGCCUCCGCAACAGAUUCCCAUGCAGCAGGGAGAGGCUGCUGCUGCUGCUGCUCUUGCUUGCUGCUGGCCAAGGGUCCCUGCCCUGCUCGCCUUUCCCGCCUUUUCUGCCAGGUAUACUCCACAGUUCAUGAAUGGAAGUCUGAGAACUCUUGCCAUUAAGUAGCUGUGAAAAUGGAAACCUCAUCUCUGUUGUCAUCUUUGCAUGAUGAAUGUAGAUCAGACAACUAUCUUGAACCACACUACAAGGAAUGUUACAGACUUGCCAUUGAUGCACUUAUUGAAGGUGGUUCAGAGGCUUACCAAGACUUUCUUGCCAAGGAAAGAUGUUCCGAGUUUCUGGCAGAUGAUGAGAUUAAUUACAUAUUAAACACUGUUCAGAAACUCCCCCAAAACACAGUUUAUGCUACUGACAAUACAAUUGAUGAUACCUCUUCAUCAGGAACGUAUUGGCCUAUGGAAUCAGAUGUGGAAGCUCCUAACCUUGAUUUGGGUUGGCCUUAUGUGAUGCCUGGGAUUUCUGGUGGUACAAAUAUUGAGUUGCUCUUCCAUCCUCCACGGAUACAACCAUUUACAAUAAAAGAAACCAUUCGAAAGAUGAUAAAAGAAGCAAGAAAGGUCAUUGCCAUAGUCAUGGAUAUAUUUACAGAUGUGGAUAUCUUCAAAGAAAUUGUGGAGGCAUCUACAAAGGGAAUUUCAGUCUAUCUUCUACUUGAUGAAUCUAACUUCAAUCACUUUCUUAAGAUGACAGAGAAACAGGGCUGUCAAGUCCAAAGGCUCAGGAACAUGAGAGUACGGACAGUAAAGGGACAAGAUUAUUUCUCUAAAUCGGGGGCAAAAUUCCAUGGGAAAAUGGAACAGAAGUUUCUUCUUGUUGACUGUAAGAAAGUUGUAUAUGGUACAUAUAGCUUUAUGUGGUCAUUUGAAAAAGCCAACCUCAGCAUGGUCCAGAUUAUCACAGGACAACUUGUUGAAUCUUUUGAUGAAGAGUUUAGGACAUUAUAUGCCCGUUCUUCUGUUCCCAGUUCAUUUGCUCCAGAAUUAGUUAGAAUUAAUAGCCACCGAAUACUCUGGGGAAAUGAUGCAUACCAACAUUCACAUUCCUCAUUAGCUUCACUUUCCAGCCAGCGUAAUCUUUUUGGAAAGCAAGACAGGAUGCAUAACUUAGAUCCUAACUUUCUGAAAAACCGAAGCACUGAUAGAUAUGGAUUAAAUGACAAUGAUAAAUUUGGGACGAGAAAUCAGCUGUUUCAAAAAACACAGUUUGCUCCAGGGUUUCACAUGCAGAAUAGAAUCCAACAGUGUCAGCCCAAUGAAGUAAAUGAACACUGGAAAAGGCACAGUUAUGCAGGAGAGAAACCAGAAAGAACUCCAUAUUUAAUGCUCAAUAGAACACUUAAUCAGGCCAAUAAACCACCAAAUACUUGGAAAGUACCAUCUGACAGUCUCAGCAUUAAAUCUUCAUUGCAUGGAAGCUAUACUGGUCACAAUGGGCCACAAAAGGAUUUAGCUGAUCGUCUUUCACAGCCAAAGCUUAACAUUGCAGAUAGGAACUCAGUUGUACGAAGAUCUUUCAAUGGAACAGACAAUCACAUCCGCUUUCUACAGCAGAGAAUGCCAACCCUUGAGCGCACCACAAAAUCUUUUCUACGAAAUUGGCGUAUUGAAUCAUACUUAAAUGAUCAAUCAGAUUUUCCGACAGACUCAAAUGGUUCAGGGGUAGGUGAGAAGUGUGAAGGCUAUGAUGCAGCAGAUAAUAUCAAAGCCCAUGCCCUUUAUGCCCAUUCUCGCUUACGUUCCUCAUUUGUUUUUAAGCCAACUCUGCCUGAACAGAAAGAAGUAAACAGUUGUGCAGGUUCUUCAAACUCAACUAUCAUUGGUUCAGAUGGUAGUGUAACACCCAAAGCAACACCCAAUCAUGUUCCCAAACUAGAAACUGAGGCUGAUGAAACAAAGGCAGAACCAAGCACUAAUGUCCCACUGGAACCUGAUGUGGUAAAAAGUCAGAAUUUGCACAUUUCAGAAGAUAAAAAACUAAGUAUGACUCCACCUGUUACUGAGGAGACAUCUCCCUUUCUCUAUUCCACUCUGAGUACAAGCAGACCAGUUGAAUUUUUAAAAAAUCAACAGAAUGAAAAUAUACUGAAAAGAAGAAGCUUUCCAAUAUUUGAGAAUUCAAGAUCUGUUUUGGAUCAUGGUGAUAACAAAGAGGCAUCCAGUUAUGUCUAUAGUACACUAAAUAGGAAUCGAUUAAAGCAACCAGCAGUUAUAAAACCACCCCCAGAAGACAAUGUUAAAAACUCUAAAAGUCUGCAUAGUGUAACCAAUCAUCUGGCACAGGACAGUAAAGUCCCCAAAUGUGAACUAAAAAGCCCCACCAGGCCCAAGUCCAUUUCUGUGGCUGAACUAGUUGAGCCUAGCCAAGAAGAACCUGUCAAAGAUGUCAUGACAAAGAAAGAGAACAAAAAUUCUCCAAGUUUCCUGAAAAAGGGAUCACAGAAACUAAGGUCGUUACUGAAUCUCUCACCAGACAAGAAAGAGAGUUUGUCAAAAAACAAAGCUCCUGCUUUCUACAGGAUGUGUAGCAGUUCUGACACUCUGGUAUCAGAAGGUGAAGAGAAUCAAAAGCCCAAAGUGUCUGAAAUAAAGAUUGAUUGUUCUCCAAGAAAAAAAAGAACCUCAUCUUCUAAUUCACAGGGGAGUCUACACAGAAGUAAAGAGGAUAUUGCUGUGAGCCCAAAGUCCCCCAAAUCCCCCAAGCCUCCCAAAUCCCCCAAGCCUCCAAAGUCACCAAAAUCUCCAAAAUCUCUAAAACCUCCCUCUGAUGAGAAUGUUAAAAGAAGUCCGACUAUGAAACCCAUGGAAAAUCGAUUGUUAGUAGUGCCUCCAGGUGACCCAUCUGCACCCAGAUUUAACACUGAACAAAUUCAGUACCAAGACGUGAGAGAGCUGCGUGCAAAUGCAGGCCGUGAACAGGUUCCUCUACCAAUUCCUGCUGCGGUUCCUCCACAAAGAGUCCCCACGGCACCCCAUCGGCCUUCUGGCACAAAGCCUACCAAUGAGCUGAUCAGGCCUCGCCUGACUGAAAGGCGGGUUUACAGUCGCUUUGAGCAAUUCUGCAACUUGGAUAGCUCUUCCUCGCCAGUAAGAUCUCAGCUAGUGAACAACACCCCAAAAAGCAGUGCUCAGUUUUCAGAGACAAAUAGCAAGACCUCAAGAAAUAGUUAUGCAAGGAAUAACCAGGUAGCUAAUUACAACCCUGGUAUAUACCAUCCAUUACAUCCAAAUGAGAACAAAUUUCGAGGAAUUAUGCAAAAAUUUGGCAAUUUUAUAUACAAAAACAAAUGAGACUUAUGGCAUGUUACCUGUCAGUGCUAUGGAUACUUAAACAAGUGUAAACUGAUGGGCAGCUUUUGUAAAGCUUAACUGAAGAUAUUGCAAGCUUUAGAAUACUGUUCUACUUGUAUAUAAUAUUGCUUGCUCCAGAACUUUGUUUCAGCAUAAGUUUUGGAAUCAGACAUGUUUAUAUGUAUUUAUGGUGUCUGAGGUACAGUCAGAAUUGCCUCAAUGCUGCAUAUUUUAUGACUUCCAAUAAUGUGGCACAACAAGCCAAAGGAAGCAUUUAAAACCUCAGCUACUGUACUGUUUCAGGACAUGUGCAUAUUAUCGUUUUCUUGCACAAUAAAAUGUUCUUUUG